GACGGAGCGGCUCCGUGCCGCGCUUCCGGCUGCGCCGCAUUGCUCCGGGCGCUGCAGUGUACGCAGUUUCCAUGGGGACUGAACAUGGCGCCGCGAGGUGAGACUCUGGAGAUAAAAGAUUGUCCUCAACCCCUCUGGAAGUCCUGUUCUUUCUGAAUGGUUGGUACUAUGCUACCUAUUUCCUGCUGGAGCUCCUUAUUUUCCUGUACAAAGGUCUCUUGCUGCCAUACCCAACAGCCAACCUAGUCCUGGAUGUGGUGAUGCUGCUUCUUUAUCUUGGCAUUGAAGUGAUACGAUUGUUUUUUGGUACAAAGGGAAACCUGUGUCAGCGAAAGAUGCCCCUUGGCAUUAGUGUGGCCUUGACCUUCCCGUCUGCCAUGAUGGCCUCCUAUUACCUGCUGCUGCAGACCUAUGUGCUCCGCCUAGAAGCUAUCAUGAACAGUGUCUUGCUCUUCUUUUGUGGCUCGGAGCUGCUGCUGGAGGUACUCACGCUGGCCACCUUCUCCAGUAUGGACAGGAUCUGAAGUACAAGAAUUCCAGCUGGUAGUUCAUGACAACACAUAUCCGUCUGGUACUUCAGCCACACUUGUGAAAAGUGGUCGGUCGAGCUGACCUGGGAAAGGUUUGUGUGGUUUUUCCUCAGCACAGACAUUUGGGCACUAAGCACCUAUCUGAGGCCAGUGGCACCAUCUUUAAAGCGGAAUCAUCAGCAGGAGACUCUUUCCUUUUGUAGGAAGGGGCAAGGCUGUCCUCAUCUUGGUGUUUCUAACAGCUUCCUAAUGACCUCAAGUUCUCUUCCAUGGUCAUUGUGGCUCCUUGUGUGGACCAUGUAGUUUUGUUGGGCUUCCAGCAGAACUUAAGCCACAGCAACCCAUACACGUACCAGAUCUGUCCUACAUGACCAUGGAAAGCCUCAUAAUGGUGGGCUCUUGGGCUGAUUCCAAUGUGUGUUCUCCAUGCUGUCCCCUACUCCCACCGCCCCCAAUCCUGCUCAAAGAGAUGGUGAUCCAGGACCCAUUUAGUAGUUCAUAGUAGUAUUUUUCUAUUCUGAUCAUGAAGCAAACACAAAUUUUUUUAAUAAAAAGUAUUUUCUGGUA